CUAACCCCCGUAAAGCUGUCAUAAAAAAUUGCUUAAAUUUACGUUGUCUAGUGAACAUUGAGCUACGGUUUCAGUUUUGUACGACCGGCGUGCCAUUUCUAUCUCUAAUGUCGCCACUACAAAAUAGUUAACAGUUGUAUUGUCCACCGGUGUCUACCUCAAAAGCAGUGCGGCGUGUCAAAAAUAAUAAGUACGACGUCAAAAAUGAAAAGUUUAACGGUUAUUUUUACCAUUCUCAAUUUUCUGUUACCUGUUUUAUGCAACUUUGACCUUUUAAUUUUGCAUAAUAACGACAUACACGGCAGAUUCGAAGAGACUGAAAAAAAUUCGGGAACUUGCCAAUCUAAAAACAAAAAUAGGACUUGCGUUGGGGGCUUUGCGAGAAUCGCUCACGAGGUGAGGAAGUAUAGAAAAGCCGCUGCCGAUCAAAGUGGACCGGAAGUUUUGUUUUUAAAUGCGGGAGAUACUUUUAUAGGGACCGUUUGGUAUACGGUCCACACGUGGAAUAUUUCUUCAACGUUUUUGAAUGUUAUCAGCCCCGAUGCUCAAUCUCUGGGAAAUCAUGAGUUCGAUAAAGGACCAGACGAAUUAGUAAGAUUUUUACAAAAAGUAACGUUUCCAACAGUAACUUGCAAUUUAAAUUUAUCACAAGAACCAACACUUCAACCUUACGUGAAAAAUUACGUCGUUAUAGAAAAAGCAGGAAGAAAAAUCGGUAUAAUAGGAUAUUUAACUCCAGAAACAGUAAAAAUAUCUAGCCCUCGGAAUACGAUAUUUCUCGAUGAAAUCGAAGAAAUCAAAAAGUACAGUGAGAUAUUAGAUAGUGAAGGGGUAAAAAUUAUUAUUGCUCUCGGUCAUUCCGGUUACCUAAAAGAUAAGGAAAUAGCAGAAAAAGUACCGUUGGUUGAUAUAGUUAUCGGCGGUCAUACCAACACAUUUUUGUGGAACGGUGCUCAACCAGACACAGAAGCUAUAGAAGGACCGUAUCCGACUAUGGUUAAACAACCUUCUGGGAAAGUUGUACCUGUUGUACAAGCUUAUGCGUAUACUAAAUAUUUAGGCAGACUUAACGUGACAUUCGAUGAUAACGGCGAGUUAGUAGUGUCAUCAGGACAACCGAUUCUUUUGGAUAAUUUAACGCCACAAGACGAAGAUGUUUUAGAACUUCUAGAAAUUUACAGACCAGCUGUAGAUGCACAAAUUGAUACAAUAAUCGGAACAUCUUUGGUUACAUUAGAAGGGGCCGGUAUAUGUAGAUUAAAAGAAUGUAAUUUUGGAAAUUUGGUGGCUGAUGCAAAUGUUAUUUAUAAAUCUUCUCUUUCUACUUAUACUUGGACAGAGGCGCCAAUAGGUCUCAUGAACGGCGGGGGUAUACGGGUAACGAUAACUCCAGGUAUUGGAAAAUCUAUAAACAAAGGUGAAAUAAUGGCAGCAUUACCAUUUGGAAAACAAAUAGUUUCUUUGAAAUUAACCGGAGCUGAUUUAAUCAAAGCUUUGGAAUUGGGUAUAAGAAGUAACGGAGAAACUUCCGGUGGAGAAUUUUUGCAGGUAUCCGGUAUUAAAGUUGUGUAUGAUAAAUCAAAACCUCCAAUGUCUCGAGUAGUUUCGGUUAAAGUGAGAUGUGGUAACUGCAGUGUUCCGAUUUACGAAGACAUAGAUCUAUCAAAGAUAUACGGGAUUAUUACUACGGAUUUUCUAGCUGACGGUAAUGAUGGAAUAUACGUACUCAAAGAAAAAGGAAUGGAUAAAAAAAUUGAGGAUUUGGGUGAUGUAGAUGUGGUAGAGUGGUAUUUUAAACAUUACAAUCCGAUAUUCGCAGAAGUGUCUGGUAGAAUUAGCUUCAUUGAAAGCGAUAACAAGAACGGCGGAAGUGUUAUUUCAAUUUUUAUGUAUUCGUUAUCAAUAACUAUAAUUUUAAUUGUACAAAUAUUUUAACAUUAUUUAUAAAUUUAACUCGUAAUAAAUGAAGUUGCGACUCA